AUGGCCAAUAAUUCCGAGCACACUCUUUUCCGGUUCUUAAAAGCUGCUCUGCAGACACACCACCGGUUUCUCUCUGGCGCAUUGACACGCGCAGAAGCACCCGUCUACGUCAUCGGCAAUCCCUCCGCGGACCUCGACUCUAUCAUCUCCGCGAUAACCUACUCAUACUUCGCCAACAACACUGACCGGCACCAUGUUCCCCUGAUAAACCUACCGAACGUUCCAUCGGGCUCUGAGCUGCACCGGUUGCGACCGGAGUUCGUCAAAGCUUUAUGGUUGUCAACUCACCCCCCGGCGCGAGGUGAGCAACCAUGGGAGGAGACACCCGAAUCGGCCGGGGCGAUCCUCCACGACCAUAUCCUCACCGUGGCAGAUUUCAACGCACACAUGGAGGAGAAAGGAAAGGUUAACGAAAAAUAUCAGAUAAGCGCCGAUGCGGUUCUUGUAGACUGGAAUGCACUGCCAAACGACACCCCGGACGGACAGAAAGGAAAGGGUAGUUUAGACGGGCUGCCGACGGUUGAAUUCAACGUGAUAGGCUGCGUUGACCAUCACCAAGACGAUGGAUUCCUUCGUCCCGGUAUCCAACCGAAAGUCAUUGAGAAGAGCGGGUCAUGCACAUCGCUUGUUAUACACACGCUGAACAAGCGGGGAAUAUGGUCGGAGGGAAGAGCAGAAGAUUCCCACACCCGACGAAUGGCAGCCGAGGAGCAAGUAGCCUCGCUUGCCAUAACCCCCGUUCUUAUUGAUACCGCCAACCUCACAGCGAAAGACAAAGUAACCCAAUUCGACAUCCAGGCUGUGGAUUUCCUGACCCCCAAAUUCAACAAGGGCGCAACGGACAAAGACAAGCUCUAUGCGCAAGUCCUCGAGGCAAAGCAGAACAGCCUAGACCUUCUGACUGUCGAUGAGAUCCUGGAUCGCGACUACAAGCAGUGGACCGAGACGUCUCCCCGCGAACCAGGGACACCCCUUAACAUCGGCUUCUGCUCUAUGGUCAGGUCGAUUCCGUGGGUUGUUCGCAAGGCAGGGUCCCCGCAAGAGUUCCUGGAUGCAGUGUACGAGUUUGCCUCUAAACGGGAAUUGGGCAUUGUCGUUGUCAUGGCGGCUUUCAGUUCGAGUGAUGACAAGUUUCAUAGAGAAUUGUUUGUGUGUGCGCUUGACGAGGGCCUUGCAGUUGAUGCGCUGGAGAAUUUCGUUAAGCAGUCCAACUCGCAGUUGGGUCUUAAGGAGUGGUCUUCUCUCGAUGGUGACGGGAUGGCUAUUAAGGACCUUCUUAAUAGCGACGGUGCCCACAAGUGGAGGCAUAUCUGGACAGCAACGGAUAUUACGAAGAGCAGGAAGCAGGUUGCCCCGAUGAUGCGGGAAGCUGUGACCUCUUUGAAAUAG